CACCGCCACUCUCUCUCUCUCUCACCUUUUAUAACUGCAAAUCCCUAAAACCGCCAUUGAAAACAAACCUUUCUCCACUUUCUCUUUUCUCAAGAAACUCUCUUUCUUCUUUUCUAAUGGCGGCACAAGUCGAGAUCGAAGAUCAAGAAUCCGUCACGAAUUUAGACAACGGCGAAAUCAUCAACCCCAUCUCCGACAACGCACCUAACUUCUCCGGCGAUGCAACGAUUCUUCUCCGUGAAGCCACCUUCGAACACAACCUCAUCAAAAACUGUUUCCUCUCCGGAAUGGGCUCAUUCGCCACCGAAACAACAAUCGUCACCGUACGAAAAAUCUUAACGCAGAGAUUAAUCACAACGAAAGCUAAAUUCGCUGUGUUCAAGCUUUUCACAGAAGCUAUGAAGAGGAAGAACAACGGUUACGCGAAUAUUAGGUACGGUUGGUACUCUGGUUCUAAAGAAGAGAUCGAUCGUGUUAUUACGUAUGGGUUUAGUAAUAGAGAGAUCAAGAAAGUCGAAAACGACGUCGGAUCUCACGGUGUUGGAAUUCAUCUUGUUCAUCAUCGUUACUCUCUCGCUGCGGCUUUAGUUGGUGAAGGUGAUGAAGAAGGGAUCAAGAAUAUUCUCUUAUGCCGUGUGAUUCUUGGUAAACCGGAACAAAUUGUGACCGGUUCUAAACAAUCUUACCCAAGUUCAAACCAAUUUGAUUCUGGUGUUGAUAAUCUUGAGAAUCCGAGAAAAUAUGUGAUUUGGAGUUGUAACAUGAAUUCUUACAUUCUUCCAACUUAUAUCGUCAGUUUCAAAUCUCAUCUUCUCAGAGGUCUAAUUGGAAGAGCAAGGUCACCAUGUGUUAGCUUCUCUGUUCUUAUGUCAAUUCUUUCAAAGUCACUUGACGCUGCAAGAAUGAACUUGAUUUUGACUAGUUAUGAUGAUUUUAGGAAACGGAAACUGAGGAGAGAGCAGCUAGUUAGGAAGAUUAGGGAAGUGGUUGGAGACAAUCUUCUUUUCAAGAUACUCAAGAAUCAGAGGCGUUAAAAACUGUAUAGGAGGACGUUACAGAUUUACCUGAAUUAGCCAAAGUUCAACAGCAGCUGAUGAUACGUAAUGGAGUAGGUUUGAAACAAGAAGAAACACACAUUUUCACACAUAGGAUAUAUAUAUAGAAUAUAGUAGAUUGUUGAUUUGUUGUAAUGGAAUGACUCUGGAAAUCACAACAAAAAAGUAUACUUUU